AUGUCUGGAAAAGUACAUGGUGGUAAAGGCAAAUCAGGAGCCAAAGACGGUGGGUUGCACCAGUUCACUUCCCACUCUGCCAAAGCAGGUCUACAAUUCCCAGUGGGUAGAGUCAAGAGAUUUUUGAAAAAGAGAGCCCAAAACAAAAUCCGUGUAGGAGCCAAAGCUGCUAUUUAUUUGACUGCCGUCUUGGAAUAUUUGACGGCCGAAGUUUUGGAAUUGGCAGGUAAUGCCGCUAAAGAUUUAAAAGUCAAGAGAAUCACCCCGAGACAUUUGCAGUUGGCAAUCAGAGGUGAUGAAGAAUUAGAUACUUUAAUUAAAGCCACCAUCGCGUUUGGUGGUGUCCUUCCACACAUCAACAAGGCUUUGUUAUUGAAGGUCGAAAAGAAAAAAGGCUCCAAGCUUAAUUAA